UGAGUGACGGGGAGGUGGUGGGCGGUUGUGGGGACUCGCCCAGCCGGGAGGGACUGGCGCCGGGUUUCCCGCGGCCCGAGCUGGUGAGGGAGGAGGGGAGUCCUUCUUAAAGGGCCAGCCCGUGCGCGUUCUUUUGUUCCGGGGCAGCAGGGCGGGGCAGGCCCAACUUUCUUCGUCUUCUGGUUUUCUUUCCCGAACGGCCAUGAUUUCCCAGUUCUUCAUCCUGUCUUCCAAGGGGGACCCUCUCAUCUACAAAGACUUCCGCGGGGACAGUGGUGGCCGAGAUGUGGCUGAGCUCUUCUACCGGAAGCUGACGGGACUGCCUGGAGACGAGUCCCCGGUUGUCAUGCACCACGAUGACCGACAUUUCAUUCACAUCAGACACAGCAGCCUCUAUUUGGUGGCCACCACUUCCGAAAACAUUUCUCCCUUCAGCCUCCUAGAGCUGCUGUCCCGGUUAGCCACUCUCUUGGGGGACUACUGUGGCUCCCUCAGCGAGGGGACCAUCUCUCGCAAUGUGGCUCUUGUCUAUGAACUCCUGGAUGAAGUGCUGGACUAUGGUUAUGUUCAGACAACGUCCACAGAGAUGCUGAGGAACUUCAUCCAGACAGAAGCUGUCGUCAGCAAGCCCUUCAGUCUGUUUGACCUCAGCAGUGUUGGCUUGUUUGGGGCUGAGACACAACAGAGCAAAGUGGCCCCUAGCAGUGCAGCCAGUCGCCCUGUCUUGUCCAGUCGCUCUGAUCAGAGCCAGAAGAAUGAAGUUUUUUUAGAUGUGGUCGAGAGAUUGUCUGUACUGAUAGCAUCUAAUGGCUCACUGUUGAAGGUGGAUGUGCAGGGAGAGAUCCGGUUGAAGAGCUUCCUUCCCAGCGGCUCUGAGAUGCGCAUUGGCUUGACAGAAGAAUUUUGUGUGGGGAAGUCAGAACUCAGAGGGUACGGGCCAGGAAUUCGGGUUGAUGAGGUUUCAUUUCACAGCUCAGUAAACCUGGAUGAGUUUGAGUCUCAUCGGAUCCUUCGCUUGCAGCCACCCCAGGGUGAGCUGACUGUGAUGAGGUACCAACUCUCCGAUGACCUCCCCUCCCCGCUUCCCUUUCGGCUCUUUCCCUCUGUGCAGUGGGACCGAGGCUCAGGCCGGCUCCAGGUUUACCUGAAGUUACGGUGUGAUCUGCCCCCAAAGAGCCAAGCUCUUAAUGUCCGACUGCACCUUCCUCUGCCACGAGGGGUGGUCAGCCUGUCUCAGGAGCUGAGCAGUCCAGAGCAGAAGGCAGAGCUGGGGGAAGGAGCCCUUCGCUGGGACCUGCCCCGGGUACAGGGAGGCUCUCAACUCUCAGGCCUUUUCCAGAUGGACGUUCCAGGCCUGCCAGGGCCUCCCAGCCACGGGCCCUCCACCUCAGCUCCUCCGCUGGGGCUGGGCCCCGCAAGCCUCUCCUUUGAACUCCCCCGGCAUACGUGCUCUGGCCUCCAGGUUCGCUUCCUCAGGCUGUCCUUCAGGCCCUGCAGCAAUGCCAACCCCCACAAGUGGGUACGCCACCUAAGCCACAGUGAUGCCUAUGUCAUUCGGAUCUGAGGCUCCCCAAGUACAGACACAGGCGGCAAAGGCAACAAGUGGUCAAGAAGAGGACGAUAUUUUCUUUCUUGGCAUCUUGGCCUAUGGCCCUAAAUUUGAGCAGGAAGAGUCUUGAGGCCAGGAGGCCUCCAUGGAUUCACCCUUCCAUGGUAUCUGGCAGAAGAAGGCUCAGGACUUACAAAUCAAACUUUUAUUCUGAGGAACUGACUGUACAGUAUCUAAAAAGAAAGUCAUGUGGGAGAAGCAGCCUACUACUUCUCCCAGCCAGCGUGC